AUGGCUGAAGGCAUUCUCAGCCAAGAGUAUGUUGAUUCUCUCUCAGGAGGCAGCUGGCAAAUUGUAGUUCCACAAAGUGGCGGCGGUGCACGUGGAAAAAGUUUAGGUAUGCAAACUGUCCAUGCAGUACUUCUUCCUUCCGGUCGCAUUCUUCUGGCUAGUGGAAGCAGUUGGCGAAACCGUGGUCCCAUUGAAACUCAUCCGCAAAUGAGUGAUCCUCAAAGUGGUCAAGGCAUCUUUCGAGAAAAAGAAGAUCCAUUUCUAUUCAGCAAAAUAGAAGAUUAUUAUCAGCUUGUGAACAAUGUUGGGAUCUAUAAUCCGAACAAGAACACGUUCUAUCGCAUUCCACAUCCAGAACCUGUUCCUGAUCCUAAAUGGCCUGGACAUUUCGCACCAAAUGAUCUUUUCUGUACAGGCCACUUGCAUGUUCCUGACGGCAAUGUACUCUUUGUUGGUGGCACACAAUACUAUCAUCCAUUUCGAACAGGUCAUCGAGCAACAUACCUGUUCGAUUGGCGAAAAGAACUCCAAAUUCGAUGGAACAAUGUCGAUUGGAGGCAUAUGCCCAGUGUUACCUUUGCAAAUGACUCGACGAAUCCGUGGACUUUUGCGGGCUUGAUGGAACGGGGCCGAUGGUAUGCUACACUGGUACCAUUGGUUGACGGUCGUCUAAUUGUAAUUGCUGGUUUCGUUGGCUUUGACACAGGCUAUCCAGAGAUGUAUGCUUUUGAAAAUAAUGAUCUCGUUGAAUUUUUCGAUGCCAUAAUGUUCAAUGAAUCAAAUCCACAGAGCGCAUGGAAAAAAGUUGAUGUGAAAUCGACCAUCAACGGACCUUUUACCAAUCUGAUCAACCCUACUUUUCGAUCGACGUCAGGUGUGAAUUGUACGAGUCGUUGUAUCAGAGACAAUCAAUACGAUGUAUUUAAACUUUAUGAACAAGCUUAUCUUACAGCGCUAGGACGCAUCUAUUUAACUCGUGAAGGUGAUUUUGUUAGCGCAAGAACUCACGAUACUGCUUUCAUGCGAAAAACAACUGCUACCUAUCACAUGCAUGUUAGUGGGUCUCGUCAAGUACCUAAAGUAUCAUUUUCACCGGGACCGAAUCGUCCUGACAAUGUCUCAUCAUACGGAACAACGAUUCUCGAUCCAAAUAGUAAUCGGAUUGCUCUGUUCGGCGGACAACCAACAUCACCCGGUACUUUUCUUUAUCAAUCGGAUACUAGUCAAGGCAACCAGCGUUUCGCUGGUGGUCGCGGAAGUCGCAAACUAGAACAAUUUCAUUCUUCGAUCUAUGAAUCGAACGGUGGUCAUUGGACUUUAGAACCAUCUUUUCUUGGUGAACAUCCACAGGAUGAUCGAACCAUGCACUAUGCACUCCUACUUCUUACGUCGCAAAUUCUCAUUAUUAAUGGUGCAAACUAUGAUUUUUAUGGAUCGGUCCAUUAUCCAAUUUUAUUAACACCACAAUUUGAUAAUGUCAAUGGUGCAUUUCUCGGCUACAUGAAGAAGCGCAUGAAUGAAGGUGUCGAAGCUCGUCUUUAUCAUAACGUCGCUCUGCUAUUACCAGAUGGUCGUGUCUGGAUUUCUGGUGGAGGAUCAGCUCGUGCUACAAUUCAUUAUAAGUCUUUGACCGAGAAACCUCUUGCUGAACAUAAUAUCAGUUCCUAUGAACAACCAUUGCCUGACACAUCCAAUAUCGAUUUAGAUGUGGAAAUGUUUGACGAUGGUCGAUUGGCAAAAAAUUCGCGCGGUUCACUCAGUGUUCCUACCGAAACGUGGGGUAGGCUUUAUGUAUUUCUCGCGGCUCCAAAUCGUUUUCGUCAAAUAGCUCGAGAACGUCAAUUUUUUUAUCACAAAAUAUCAAAUGAACUUGAUCCUAAUACAAGAUUUUCGAUUAGCCAAAUAUCAAUACUUGGAUCAAAGACUCCUAUUCAUUAA